AUGUCCAUCGAAACUUGUGUUCAAACUAGAGGCUCCCAACAUGAGCAGUUCCCUCUAUGGUCUUCUGACUCGGUAAGUCCCUCCUGGCCUGCUGAACAAAUAAAUACGUCCAAACAUUCGUCAACUCUCAAUCAACAUACAAGCCCAAGCCCAGACCCAGAUAUCAGCCCCAUAGACUUUGUAGUAGAGCAAGCACCACCACCACCAUCACCACCACCACCAACAUUUCUCUCUCUUAACCAAGAAGCUUCAACAGAAAACAUAUCGGAUGGCUCUUAUUCGUCUUCAAGUAUCGACCUCCAGGUGCUGCGGCUCCUUUCUCAUCCUGCUGCACGUUGUCUUUUCCUCCCGGUUGCAUAUCCUACCCACCAAAGUCGCGCUACCACGACCCCCCAUGACCUUCACCAGGCCUUUAUUGAUCUUCCACAUACACUACUACUUCCAACAGGCAAUCUUGCUGCCUUUGAGUCGCCAGAAUAUCGUCGUAUAAUCCGUCAUACAGCUUUUUACCGUGCUUUGACCAAUGCACGCGAAUCUGGUACUACUCCAAAACGGAAUUUUGCUGUUGUUCUACCGCUUCAAGUCUUAAACCAUGAUGAACAACAACAACAAAAAACAUGGGCCACUGUUGUUUUAUUGAUUCGCCCAGGAAGUUGUUUUGCUCGUUCAUAUUAUGGAUUUUGUGAGAAAUCACCACUGCUACCUUCAGGCUCAGAAGUUUCACCAGAAUAUAUUCAGAGCGCUCAUGGUGCAGACUUAAGUGGUCUCUUGCUCACAUUCUUUCCUAAAAAAUGUCGGGUCAGUACGCGUGCGACGUGUCUUUUCCCAAUUAACCAAAAACAAGACUCGGGUAUCGCAUGUGCUCUUACAGCUUUCCAUAUGACACGUUGGCCCGCAUUAAAAAUGCAUUUAUUACGACCUCGUCUUCCUGAAGGUCUUUCCUACUCACAACUUUAUGAGCUGCUAUGUCAGGACCUUACUACUCAUUUGGGUAAUUCCAGAGCCCCUUCUUCACAAACAAUCUUUACAAAUCAUAACCUUCCUUACAACAUUUUCCCUGCUCCUAUUCCCUUCACUUCCGCUACUAUUAUUAAUAGUGAAUCCAAAUCUGAGCGACCACGCAUAGGCAACACAGUAAAGCAACUGGAGACUCGUCUACGGCAUAUUGAACAAAACCGAAUGCGGUUUGAACAAAAGCGGGCGCGUCUUACAGCACGGUCAAUCCCUCAAGGUUCGCAUGAAGCGGGUGCACUACGUGCACGAGUACAAAGAAUAGAUCACAGAAUUGAACUUAACUGUCAAAGAGAAGAUGCAGUGCGGUGGGCAUUACAACGUUCACGGGACAAUGGGAAAAACUCUAGCAUUGGAAAAAGUUCUCAACGUAUUGCAACUCGAAGAAAAUGUCAUCGGUCGGCGCAUCGAGAUACUGCAACACGGGAACUAGAGAAACUAAUUGGGAAAAUGAAUAUUGGGUAA